GUUCGUAAGAGUAGGGUUCUGCUCUCUCUUUGCAGUGUUAUUGUAGUCUCGCUCUCAACCCCCAUUUCCGCCUCCUCCCUCUCUCUCUCUCUCUCUCUCUCCACCCCCCCAACCCAUCCAAAGACAGAGGAACUCGACUCUCUCGCCCCGCUGCCCAUUUUCAGCUAAGAGGGCCAAGAGCAAGGCUCAGGUGAAAUGUCCUUUUAUGAUGCUUGGCUCAGGUCAGCUUAGUGGUGGGAGAAAAUGGCAGAGGAGUGGCAUCAUCCAUCUGUAAUUCAAAAGAUCUAUGGGCAGUCUCAGUCCCCUAAACUAUCUCCCUACUCCCAAGCAAGGAACAAUAGCAUACACAACUUUCAAGGCUCUUUCUCCAAUCGCAGCCUUCAAGGGAUACUGCUGCAAUCAUGCCAUGGCAAUAACGGAGUAGUUACUCUUUCCUCCCUUUCACCAAUUUCCCCUGUCAAUGCUUAUGCUCCCAAGGAAAAAGGUGUUGCUGGCUUUCUCACAGAUUUUAUGAUGGGAGGAGUUUCUGCUGCUGUUUCAAAAACAGCAGCUGCUCCAAUUGAAAGGGUUAAGCUCUUGAUACAGAACCAGGAUGAAAUGAUAAAGGCUGGUAGGCUCUCAGAGCCCUACAAAGGAAUUGGAGACUGUUUUGGCCGAACAAUCAAGGAUGAAGGGUUCCUUUCAUUGUGGAGAGGAAAUACUGCCAAUGUCAUCCGUUAUUUUCCCACCCAGGCUCUUAACUUUGCUUUUAAGGAUUACUUCAAGAAAAUGUUUAACUUCAAAAAAGAUAGGGAUGGUUAUUGGAAGUGGUUUGCUGGUAAUUUGGCAUCUGGAGGUGCAGCUGGUGCGUCUUCUCUACUGUUUGUGUAUUCUCUUGAUUAUGCCAGGACCCGACUAGCUAAUGAUGCAAAGGCUGCGAAGAAGGGAGGUGAAAGGCAAUUCAAUGGUCUAGUUGAUGUUUACAGGAAAACCCUAAAAUCUGAUGGCAUUGCUGGAUUAUACCGGGGCUUUAACAUUUCUUGUGUUGGCAUCAUUGUCUAUCGAGGACUCUACUUUGGGAUGUAUGAUUCUCUGAAGCCAGUGCUUUUGGUUGGUUCCUUGCAGGAUAAUUUCUUUGCUAGUUUCUUGCUGGGAUGGGGAAUCACAAUAGGUGCCGGUCUUGCUUCCUACCCUAUCGAUACUGUUCGUAGAAGGAUGAUGAUGACAUCUGGUGAGGCUGUUAAGUACAGCAGCUCAAUGGCGGCAUUCAAACAGAUUGUUGCCAACGAAGGUGCCAAGUCUCUCUUCAAGGGUGCAGGUGCUAACAUCUUGCGUGCUGUAGCAGGUGCUGGUGUCCUUGCUGGUUACGAUAAAAUGCAGGUUAUAUUCUUCGGUAAGAAAUAUGGAUCUGGUGGAGGCUAAUUCUGGGGUUUGUGAUGAUGAUGAUAAAUCCAAGUAUUGUGGUAUCAGUUGAACUUUCUUUUUGUGGUUUUGUUUGAGAGCUCAUUAAUAGUGACACCUGUUGGCUUGAGAGGAACAAUUAUGCUGCAAUGUGUUUGUAUCUGGUUUUGUUUGGGCCUGAUUGCUGUGGGUAAUUGAAAACAUAUGUUGGUAAGGUUACAGUAAAUCCUUGAUUUGGUAUGUUGCAAUGGUGAAUGUUUUUUAUGCUUAAGAAUGAUUAUGAAUGAGUUUUUUUC